AUGGCGCCACAGCCAGACUAUUACUGCUGUCAGUUCCAACCAAAUCCAUUUGACCCUUCACGUUGUGGUUCCUGCCUAAGGCCUGAUCACAUGCACAUCAAUGGCACUGUCACUGCUACCCAACGACAACAGCAUGCAGAUGAUGAUGGUGAUAACGGCGAUGAUGUUGGUGAUGAUGAACUUGAUGAUGAACCCACUCUGUCCGUGGAGACCUCCAGUAUCAGCAGUGAUGACCUCAGCAGGCUUUGGACCUACGAGUGGACUCUGGUUCACUCUCUGAGUCCAAACAGGGAACUCAAUAUCUGCAACGCUGACACACAAUCCAGCUCUCCAAAUCACCAGGCCUGCCGACAGAGGAGUGUAUCACUCAGCUCAGAGAGGCGCAGUGAGCCUCAAAGAGAUAUGACCCGUUUGGACUCUUCUCCCCACAGUGAAAAUUCCUGGAUGGAUGAAAGGAGGGGAAGGGACAGGUCCCGCCAGGCCUCAGAGUCCACAGGAGACAAGAAACAAGAGAGUGGUUACUUUUCUCCAGGCCGAAGGGCUAAUAGUGAGCAGCAGAUAGAGGAGGUCAACAAACGGCCAUUUCAUUACUAUGAAAGAGGACAUCCUCUCCCCAGUAAUAUCAUUCCUGAGCCCAAAGCGUGCGUCCCCUACAGGAAUGUCAACCUUGGCGUACCCUCACAAAGGAGGAACACUGAAACGUAUAUGCAAGAAAUUUGGAGAAGUGAAUCCCCGCAGAGGUACACGUACCACUCCAACUUUAGAAGGGGGACUGAGUCACAGAGCAACUCUCCAACACGCCACAGCUCUGUGAGCCCAAACAGCCAAGACCAAUACAAGUUCACUGACUCCCCUUUGGGAACCCAGCGACGGAGCUCCAUCUCCAGGAAUAAGUCUCAUGCAUCAUCUCAUUGCACCCCUUCCCAUAGUCCUUCUCGGCAAACAUCUGGUAGGACUAGUCCAUCACGCAGAAGGGGAUCUGCCGUAUCUCGAGUUGUCUCACCCUCGAGGAUCAGUCCUUCCAACAGGACCACAGACUCUUUUUAUUUACAGAAUGGUGAAUUUGAUGCCCAAAAAGUAGCCAGCAGAGCAUCCAGGCGUCCUUCUCAAGCAUCAAACAAACAUAGUUUAGACUCUGAAAAACUGUACAAGAAUUUGGAAUCUAUUUCACAUCAUGAUGUCUCAGAAAACUCAUAUGAGGAACGUCAGCGAUCUCCUCAAAAUGGAACUGCUGUCAACAGUUCAACCAAUACUCAUUCUCGUAACAGCCAUAAUGGCUCGCCAUCCAGGAAUGGCUACGACACAUACAUCCACACCCCGCAAAGGGAGACGUACACCAAAGAUAACAGACUGAGUCCUUCUCAAGGCUCCUGGCAAGGCUCCUCGCAUUCUGUACUAAGCCUCCCACCUUCACGUGGUUCUUCCAUGUCAAGGCGGGGCAUAGAAUCCCAAGUCCUGGGUGGUGCAAUGUCCCAUGUUACCACCAUGGAAACAGAUAGGGGCAGUGUUGUGAAUGAUGACAUCAGCUGUGACCGAAGCAGAAGCAUCCAGAGGCGAGGUAUGGAUGCCUUAUUGACCUCUGAAGAAAAGAAGAGUUCAGCAGACGUUGAGGAGGUGUUUAUGACCAUGGAAGACUACAUUAUCCUGGCUGAUAUUCCAAAAAUUCACUUGGAGCCAGAGGAAGAAUAUCCAGGGCUGAGGAGGAGAAACCAGAGUCCAAGUCCGUGUAGGGACCAGAGGCUCAGGACAUACAGGUAUCAAGAUGAAACAGAUCUCUCCAGCUCAAAGUUUGAGUCAGAUGAAAGAGGCCGGGGCAGAGAAAGAGGGAGGGACAGACGAGAGAAAUGCCGUGAUGCCGAAAGUGGACGGUUAUCUCGAAGACAGUCGACGGCGUCUCUUCAAACACAGAGUUCAGGCAGUCAAAGUGGAAAGCACAGAUCUUCAAAAGUGAAGGGAAAUACUCCUUCUGAACACUCGCGGACACAGGGAUGGAUAUCCAGACUGGAUGAGCACGGAAACUGGCAGAAGCACUGGUUUGUUCUCUGCGAUACAUCGCUGAGGUACUACAGAGACUCAGAGGCUGAUGAGUCUGAUGAUCUGGAUGGAGAGAUUGACUUGACAUCCUGUGUGAAUGUAUCAGACUGUGAUGUCAAGAAGAACUAUGGAUUCCAGAUCCAGACAAAGAGGGCAGUGUUCACUCUCUCUGCAAUGACCUCCAGAAUACGCCGAAACUGGGUGAAGUUACUGAAGCAAGCCAUCCAGAACAACUCGUACCAAUCAGACACCAGCAGCGAGAAAGUGAACCCUCGCUCUUGGAGGCCAUUGUCAUGCCAACCUCCGACUCACUUCGACAGCAAGGACUCCGGUUAUGAAAAUACUCCUGCAUCCACCAAAUCUGCAAACGCACCGACAAAUUCUCACUGCCGAUCUUCAUCUGCAGACCCGGACCUGGAUGCCAGGACCUCUGACUUAUCUCCAGCCAGUCAGAGAGAGGAAGGGGAGGGCUGGGACCGUGAGCAAGCAAAGCGAUUGGAGGAGAGGAACAAGUGGUUUGAGGAGGGGAUCCCCUUCAAUGAAAUGAGCAGCAGGUGGGACUCUAUGGAGCUGAAAAGCGGGAACGUACCCAUGCCUGUAACUGGAAGCGUGGACUCGGAGGUCAGCAGGAAAUGGGCAGAAUUUGAGAGGCUAUCAUUUAGGGACAUGACUGCACAGUCUCUCAUUGGCGCCCAGGCUUCCCAUUCAAACACGCCACAGGUGCCCCAAUCUCCUAUCAGCAACCAGACCAAUCAGUCAAGUCAUGAAGAGGCCGACCAUUCUACCACACCUUCCCAAACUGAUGUAUUAAGCUUGAAUGUGCCUCUUCCAUCUGUGAAUGGUUCCCAGAUUGUUCAGUCACAUACAGCUGAAGUGCUUCAAAAGGAGGCCCUGUCUCUUAGAAAGCAGGUGGAGAGUAUUAAGAAAGAGCGUGCAGCCAUGGGGAUUGAGGUGGACAGCCCAUGUGGCCCCAGGGCCCCGUGUCGGGCCAAACUAGAAGCCUUGGAGGCGGCUCACCAGAAAGCCAUGCAGGAGCUGCAGGACAAACACGCAAGGGAGAUCAGGGAGUUGGAGAAGAAGCGAGACAAGAUGCUACAGGAAGAGAGCCAGGCAGCUGCUAAAGCUGUGGAGGUGCUAAAAGCAGCUCACAGAGAGGAGCUGGAGAAGAUAAGGAGAUUGACUAGAAGUGCACCACAAGAGGACGCUUCACCAAGAAGGCCGCAGGCAGACGUUUUACACAGCGAGUUGGACUCACUGUCAGAACGUUAUUCCCAGACAUGUCUGGAGCUGAGCCGCACUGAGCAGAGCAGCAUAAGCAGGCUGAGCGAGCUGGGCCACAAGGAGAGAGAGCUGGAGCAACUGCAAAGAGAGAACCACGAGCUGAAGGCCAGACUGGCUGAAGAGGUCAGUCGUAUGCGCUAUUUCAUCACGGGGCAGAGAUCAGAUGUGGUAUCUCCUGAAAACAUGGCACGCCCUGCAUCACAGCUUGAGACCCUGCUGAGAGCAAAAGAACAUGAAGUACAGUAUCUGAAGAAAGAAAUCAGCUGUCUACAGAGUGAAGUUCAAUCUCUUAUUAAGGAGAAACAGGCAGGUUAUGAACGUUACAAGAAGGCCUACGUAGAGCUGAGUGACGUGACGAGUCGAAGCCAGUUGGAGACGGGCUCCCUAAAUGAGCUUUUGAGACUGGCCAACGCCGCACUACAGGAGGGCGCGAGGAAGACCUGAGGGCCACGAUGAAGACAGCUGAAGGAAGCCAGAUUUGCCAAUUUGAGAUAUAAGACAACAUAAUGUGACCAGCAUUCUACAAUAAAAUGUACAGUAAUAAAUAACAGCUCUUACUAACUGAAGUGAAACCACCAUGACA